CCUGGUCCCCCACUCUCCCAACCCCUCAGAUGCUCUGGGCCCUAACCCCUGCCCCAGCCAUGGCUCCAGGGGCUCCCUCGUCCAGCCCCAGCCUUAUCUUGGCUGUGCUACUCUUCUCCUCUUUGGUGCUGUCCCCCGCCCAGGCCAUUGUGGUUUACACGGAUAGGGAGGUCCACGGUGCUGUGGGCUCCCGGGUGACCCUGCAUUGCUCCUUCUGGUCCAGCGAGUGGGUCUCAGAUGAUAUCUCCUUUACCUGGCGCUACCAGCCUGAAGGGGGCCGCGAUGCCAUCUCGAUCUUCCACUAUGCCAAGGGACAACCCUACAUCGACGAGGUGGGGGCCUUCAAAGAGCGCAUCCAGUGGGUAGGGGACCCUCGAUGGAAGGAUGGUUCCAUUGUCAUACACAACUUGGACUAUAGCGACAACGGCACUUUCACUUGUGACGUCAAAAACCCUCCGGACAUAGUGGGCAAGACCUCCCAGGUCACCCUCUACGUCUUCGAAAAAGUGCCAACUAGGUACGGGGUGGUGCUGGGAGCUGUGAUCGGGGGUAUCCUGGGGGUGGUGCUGUUGUUGCUGCUGCUCUUCUACCUGGUGCGGUAUUGCUGGCUACGCAGACAGGCAGCCCUGCAGAGGAGGCUCAGUGCCAUGGAGAAGGGGAAAUUGCACAAGUCUGCAAAGGACUCGUCUAAGCGCGGCCGGCAGACGCCAGUGCUGUAUGCCAUGCUGGACCACAGCAGGAGCACCAAAGCUGCCAGUGAGAAGAAGUCCAAGGGGCUGGGGGAGUCUCGCAAGGAUAAGAAAUAGCGGUUAGCGGGCCGGGCGGGGGGUCGGGGGACAGGGGCAGAGCCUUCCAAAAGCUCUCAAAAGGUGGUUGUCAUCGAGAUGGAGCUACAGAAGGAUGAGCAGAGCUCUGAGCUCCGCCCUGCUAUCAAGUCCCCCAGCAAAACCAGCCUCAAGAACGCCCUCAAGAACAUGAUGGGCCUGGACUCGGACAAGUGAUCACCACCCCCCAGCCCCAGGCCCUGCCAGAGACGGGGACCUAGGCUCCUCUUGUAUUCCCCCCACCACGUACCCCGGUCUAGGUGCUUUUCCUCCCUUGCACCCCAGCCUUGUUCUCCUUUGCCCUUCCUUUGAGAUGUAAGUUUCAUUCCGAAAAUUAUUCCCCAAUCACUUCAUAUUCUCCUCCAUGUUCAACCCCUGGCCCUGGGAGCUGGAAGCCUGAUCCUAACCGCCUACCCCAAACCCAAGGACUGUGUGUUUGGUGCCUGUUUCUUGGGCACUGAGAAGAAAGGGACCUUGAU